AUGCUUCUUUAUCGUUCAAUCCCAUUCCCAAAUGGUCUCGUGUCAAGAGCCAUUCGUUCAUAUGCCACCAUCUCAAAGCCUCAACAAUAUUCAACACCACAAUUAGAAGAUAAUAAUCAAACUGAAUCAAAUCGUCUUUCAAAAACAUUAACUAAAUUUUGGUCUCAAGUUUCUAUAGAAUCAAAUGAAAACCAUCAUGCAAUUAAAUUAGAUAAUAAAACUAUAAGAACUCCAUUAGGAAAUUUCUUGGAAAUCCCAACCAAUAGAUCAAUUUUGGCUCAUUUAUUACAUCAUGAAUGGUCAUCAUUAUCAAAUUUAUCAAUCAAGACUCAUAAUUUACCAUUAACUUCCCUUGUUGCUCGUGUUAUUGAUUUAGAACAUGCUAACUUAACUAAGAAUGAAGAAUUACAAGCAAAAGUUGGUAUUAGAGAAGAUAUAAUUGAAGAUUUAUUAAGAUAUUUUGAUACUGAUACUUUAUUAGUUUUCGCUCCACAAGCUGAAUAUGAAGGUAAAUUAAGAUCAAAACAAGAAGAAUUAUAUAGACCUAUUAUAUCUCAAAUUGAAAAAUUAUUAGAAAUUGAAUCAGGUUCAAUUAAUUGGUUAGAUACAGAUGUUGGUUUAAGAGGUAAUCAACAAUCUGAAAAUGUGAGAUCAAAAGCAAGAUCAUGGUUAUUAAAUUUAGAUUUUUGGGAUUUAGUUGCAUUAGAAAAAGUUACACUAAGUGCAAAAUCAUUAAUUUGUGGUAUUUUAACUUUAAGAGCUAAAAGUCAUGGUGAAGAAAUUGUAAAUUUAGAAAAAAUUGCAGAAUGUGCUACUUUAGAAGUUGGAUUCCAAACUGAAAAAUGGGGGGAAGUUGAAGAUACUCAUGAUGUUGAUUAUCAAGAUAUUAGAAGAAAUAUUAAUAGUGCAGGAAUUAUAUCAUUUAGACAAGAAUAA